AUGGCGUGCGCAGGGCUGGCUCCCUCGCGUGCCCCGCGGGUCGUCACCCGGCGGGAAGGCGGCGCUUCAGCGUUCGCGCGCCCAUCUCCACCUUCUCCACCUCCCUCGCGGCCUCUCGCCGCCAAAACCCCAUGGCGAACCGCGCCUCGCCACGACCCGACCCGACGGCGCAUCCCCGCCGCCCGCAUCGUCGUCCCUCGCGCGUCCGCGGAGCCCGUGACUUCGCUGGCGGCCGAGCUCGCGUCGCUCGUCGCGCGCGGGUCCGAUACUCGUGACGACGCGAGGGUAAGGGCCAUCGUCGAUGAGCUGGAGCGCGCGAGGGCUCCCGCGGACCCGCGCGCGCUGACGGGCGCGUACGAGGUGGCGUGGUCGGAGGGAACGAUGGCGUGGAGGGCGCUGGUGGCCAGGGGGGUGUCGGCCAUCGCGGGACGGAGCAGGGCCGGGCAGUGGUUCACCCCGGGAGCGCCGGGCCGCGCGCUCAACUUCGCCGAGCUCUUCGACGGACGCGUGACGAUAACGGCGGAGGGGACGUUCCGACCCAAGCCGACGGAAGACGCGAGGCACCCGAUCGGAUUCGACGUGCAAAUCGAGCGCGGGGACGCGCUCGCGUUCGGCAGACGUUGGACACUUCCCAUCGAAGGGCCGGGGGAGUUCCAGAUGCUGUACGGGGACGCGAACGUGCGAGUGUUUCGAUCGUCGGGCGGCGUCGCCGUGCAGGUGCCGAGCGACUGGCAGAGACCGGCGGCGGAGGAUGAGGAGUAG